CGGGACGCACCGUGCGAGUCGGCACGAGCCAUGGCGCUCUCCAUCGCACCGCCCGCGCGAGCCGCUGCGGGAGUCGAAGUGAAACGGUCCAGUCUCAGCGAGGCGGUUGGCAUACCAACUCGUGCCCGUGUGGAUGGAGGAGGUGCUGGCGGCGGGCGAGCAGCUGUCUCGCUGGGCCUUUGGGCAACGCUGCAGGCCAUCGUGGUUGGACGUGCCCGAACGAGGCGUUCCCUGUCUUCGGUUCCGCGUGCCGCAGAAGGAGGAGGUGAAGGCUUCGUCGCCGGGUUCUAUGCGCGAGCACCCGGCAAGAGCUUUAAAUGGGUCUACUUCAUUCGACACUCCGAGGCCUUGGUCAAUGCUGCUGGACGAGUUUUCCCCAAGGAUGACCCACGCAAGAAGGCCGUGCGAAUGGAUAUGAAAUACUUGGACUCACCGCUCUCCGAGAAAGGCUUGUCCCAGGCACAAGAGAUGCGCAUGAAAGCUCCCAAGGUGGAUCUGGUGGUGGCUUCCCCCCUCACUCGAGCCCUACAGACUGCCACCGCUAUCUUUGGUUGCGAUACACCUGGUGGCCCUCCUUUGGUGGCCUUGGAGGCCCUGAGGGAGUUCUGUGGGAAGCAGUUCCAGCCCUGCGACUCGCGCCGGGCGCCGGAGGAGCUGCUUACUGUGUUCCCACACGUGGACUUUGCCAAUGUCCCUCCUGGUGCAGACACGCUGCUUGGACCGGGGAAGGUGGAAACUCCGGAGAGCGCAGAUGCACGGAUUGCCAGGUUUUUUGCCUGGCUACGAGAACAGCCGCCGGGGGGCCUCAGAUCCGACGUCUGGAACUCCCCAUGCAGCAGAACAUCGCAUGCGUGGCACAUUUCCAGAUCCUCAGCCGUAUCUUUGUUCAUUUGAAGGGCUCUGGUCUGGAUUCUGCUUAUGGAGACUUUGCCAACCUCGAGGUGAGAUCUAUUCCGAUUGCUUUCAAUUAAAUUUGAUAGAUUUGAAACAAGGAUGGCCAGGAUGACCAAGAAUCAGACAAGCAAAA